AUGGCGGGUGACGCAAAGCGCAGUAUGGCACAGAAUGCAGAUGCCUCCAAGCGGCGCAAGGGUCCGCCGCCGAAGCAGCGCAUCAACAUCGAUGCUGGUGAUGCGGGUGUCUUUGUAACUUGCGACAUGGGCAAGGAAGGCAAAUGCAAGGCCGAGGUCCUGGAUAUCUUUUCCCAGAUCAUCGAAGAUUCGGGCAUCAAGCCCCAAGGAAAUGUCGAUGGGGAUGGCGGUGAAGACUCUGAUGAUGGCGACAUCGAGGCCCAAAUCCAACGAGAGCUCGCUGGCCUGCAACCCACCAAGGACAAGACCAAAAAGCGUCCCGUAGAAGUCACUCGCCUGGAUAUGCCCUGUGUUCUGUUUGCACGGCUGGACAAGUCCAUUGACCCCGUGCAACUGGUCCACCGGAUGUGUACCGAAGCACAGGCCAAUCAAGACACGAAGAAGAGCCGAUGGAUUAAGCGCAUGACCCCAGUCACCUCGGUCAGGAAGACCCUGAGCGUGGACCUCGAAGCGUUUAUCAAAGAGAUCCUCAAGCCGCAUUUCCAUUCGGGAGGAGGUCCGAAGAAGUUUGCUAUUCGGCCUACGUUGCGGGGAAAUAAGAAGUUCAACCGGGAUGAAAUCAUCAAGACCAUUGCCGACAUCGUGGGCCCGGAGCACUCCGUCGACUUGAGCAAUUAUGACCUGGCGAUUUUGUUCGAGGUUUCUCAGAAUGUGGUAGGAAUGAGUGUGGUUCAAGGUGACUAUGACAGGUUAAAAAGAUACAACCUGGCCGAGAUCUACAAUCCUUCUCCAAAGGGCAUGGAAACUCCGAAGAGAACCAAGACUGCUGCUGAGGACACCUAG